AUGUCAGACCUGCCUGUACCUAGUGAGGUACCCGACGAGGAAGAAGAAGCGCUACAAAGAUUUCUCGGGACGACGUCGUUUGGCAAACAAUCAAAAGGUGCCCAAGCCGACUACAGAUUUGAGCAGAGCAAAAGGCAACAACCCGUAAUUUCGCAACCUGAUAAGAAGGCCAAUGAUUCUGAGGACUCGGACUCGGAUGACGACUCGGACGACGAUGACGAUGAAGAUGAAUACCCUGUAUCGCACGAGAUGGUCUUCAAGACACACGACCGCGCCGUCACAUCCAUCACCCUAGACGCGUCGGGAGGACGAAUGGUCACUGGCUCCAACGAUUGCACCCUCAAGUUCCACGAUUUUGCAUCCCUCACUCCUUCGACCAUCCGCGCCUUCAAGUCCGUUGAUCCCUCGUCCGUCAAAGGCUCUGCCUCAACCGAAACUCACCCCGUUAAUCACGUCUCUUUCAACCCUAUCUCGCCCAGUACAAUCCUCGCCAUUACCGCUCAUCCACAACCCCGUAUAUUAGACCGCAAUGGAGAGACCCUUGCCGAGUUUGUAAAAGGCGACAUGUACCUGCGCGACAUGCAUCACACCAAAGGUCACAUAUCCGAAGUCACUUGCGGUGUCUGGCAUCCUCAAGAUCGCGACAUUUGCGCAACCGGAGGAACAGACUCAACCGUUCGCAUCUGGGACGUGAACAAUCCUAGGCAACAGAGGAACGUCAUCGUCCACAAGUCGCGAGCUGCUGGUUCAGCCGGAAGGACACGAAUCACUGCUCUCUCAUGGGCUGCCAGUCCUCAAUCUAAUCUCCUCGUUGCUGCUGCCCUCGAUGGCAGCCUGGUCAUGUGGGAUGGUAACGGCCCCUAUACCAGACCUGCUGCUGAGAUUCGCGAUGCACAUACCAAAGACACUUGGACUAGCAGCCUGCAAAUCAGCUCGACUGGUCAACUUGUCCUGACGCGUGGAGGUGAUGAUACCAUCAAACUUUGGGAUACCAGAAAGUUCAAGCAGCCGCUAAGGACUGUUGAGUUCCCUUCAAUGUCUAGCCAAUACCCUACUUCAAAUAUUUGCUGGUCGCCAUCAGGUACUGAAGUGCUCACAGGUUCUGCGAAUGGCGAUCUCCAUAUCCUGAACCCUGCGACACUGAAGUCCGAGUUGGUGACUCCAGUGACGCCAGGCUCUGCCCUGAUCAGCGUCUACUGGCACAAAGAGUUGAACCAGAUUAUAACCGGAUCGGCUAACGGAGAGACACAUGUUCUCUACAACCCAGAUAUAUCACAAGGUGGUGCGAAGACUGUCAUGCUCAAGGCCCCCAAGCGUCGUCACAUUGAUGAUGACCCUAAUCUGACCAUGGAUCUGUCUCACGGUAUUGGUGGGGACGCUGUCAUUCUGCCCGGAGGUUCCGCUCCAUCCGCUGCUUCCUUCGCAUCAAGACACCCUACAAUUGGUCUGACAGCUUCUGGUAAAUCAAGAGAUCCCAGGCGGCCACAUAUCCCCAACACUACGCCAUUUGCAAAGAGCAAUGCAGAUGAAGCUUACAUUAGGGAACACAUUCCUCUCAGCGGCAUGCGCGAGGAAGAUCCAAGAGAGGCGCUUCUCAAGUAUGCUGAUAAGGCCAAGAAUGAUCCCAUGUUCACAAAUGCAUGGGCUACCACGCAACCAAAAACGAUAUACGCCGAGCUGAGCGACGAAGAAGAGGAUGGACCUGACAAGAAGAAAGUUAGGCGAUGA